AUGGGAGAAUGUGCAAAUGCCACGCGAGUGCCUGCCGUCAAGAUCGGAAAUGAGUUUCUGGAGCUGAGAGGCAGCAGUUCUACCAGCUGGACUACUGUGCCACCUCGAAUUCUGCUGCUACCACGAGGCAACAAUGAAGCAGUUGUCACACAGGGGCAGAUCAAUGAUGAUGGGCCUUACACCAAAGGAAGGAAAGAGGCAGUAACCGCGGAGACUGCAGUGUGCGCAAGGCGGCAAAGCAUACCAGAGGAGCAGAGGGGGCUGACAGUGGUGGAGCUCAUCAAGAAGGAAGGCUGCACCCUAGGCCUGACGAUAUCUGGUGGGACUGAUAAAGACGGCAAGCCACGAGUGUCAAACCUACGGCCUGGAGGACUGGCUGCCAGGAGUGACCAGUUAAACAUCGGAGAUUACAUCAAGUCUGUCAAUGGGAUCAACCUGACCAAACUGCGGCACGAUGAGAUCAUCAGUCUACUGAAGAACGUGGGAGAGCGAGUGGUCCUUGAGGUGGAGUACGAGCUUCCUCCGAUAGUUCCAGAAAACAAUUCAAGAAUUAUUCCAAAGACUGUCGAAAUCUCACUGUACAAAGAAGGCAACAGCUUUGGCUUUGUGAUGAGGGGUGGAGCCCAUGAAGACUGGAACAAGUCCCGUGCUCUGGUGGUGACCCAUGUGAGGCUUGGUGGACCAGCUGACAGGGAGGGGACGCUGAAGGUUGGGGACAGAUUACUGAGUGUGGAUGGGAUUCCACUUCACAAUGUCAGUCACGGAGAGGCCAUGAACAUCCUGCGACAGUGUGGUCAGGAAGCUGUCUACCAGAUUGAGUACGAUGUCAACGUCAUGGAUUCCGUGAUCAAUGCUUCUGGUCCUUUGCUUGUGGAGAUCACCAAAACUCCGGGCUGCCCACUGGGGAUAUCACUGUCCAGUGGAAUGCAUCAUAACAAGCACGUCAUCAUCCUUGACAAGAUCAAAGCUGCCAGCAUUGUGGACAGAUGUGGGGCUUUGCACGUCGGUGACUACAUCUUGUCGAUCGAUGGAGUGAGCACAGAGCACUGCACCCUGAUGGAGGCCACCCAGCUCCUGACCAACGCCUCCGAUAAUGUCAAGCUUGAGAUCCUCCCUGUGCACCAGAGCCGACUAUCCCUGAAGCCAAUGGAGCAAGUUAAAGUUCAGAGGAGUGACCACCACCACUGCUGGGACCCCUGCGUCAACUACUGCCACACCUACCACCCAGGGCAUUGCAAGACACCUACAUGGAGUGCACCAACCUCUCUGUCCAACUCAGACUACUGCAAAUCACUGGUCCCAGUCAGCUCCUCUCCACCCUCUUCUGGCACUUCAGGCUUCAGCUCCCAGAACACGAGCACCCUGUCGCGGACGGCCCAUCCAAUGAGCCCGCGGGCAACCAUGAUGCGCAGGAGGGUGAAGAGGAAAGAAUACAAGAGCUCAUUGUCACUGGCCUCGAGCACUAUUGGCCUAGGAGGACAAAUCGUGCACACAGAGACGACGGAAAUCUUUCUAAAGGGCGAUCCACUGAACGGAUUUGGGUUGCAGCUUCAGGGAGGAAUCUUUGCCACCGAGCCCCUCUCUUCUCCGCCGCUCGUACGGUUUAUCGAGCCAGACAGUCCUGCGGAAAGAUGUGGGCUUGUGCAAGUGGGAGAUCGCGUGCUCUCCAUUAACGGCAUGGCAACUGAGGAUGGAACUCUGGAGGAAGCCAACCAGUUGCUACGGGAUGCAGCACUCGCAAACAAAGUUUCACUGGAGAUAGAGUUCGACGUGGCAGAAUCAGUUAUUCCCAGCAGUGGAACCUUUCACGUGAAACUCCCCAAGAAAAGAGGCGUAGAGCUGGGCAUUACCAUCAGCUCUGUAAGCCGGAAGCCUGGGGAGCCACUGAUCAUAUCCGAUAUUAAGAAGGGGAGUGUAGCACACCGAACUGGAACUCUGGAGCCAGGCGACAAACUUUUAGCUAUCGACAACAUACGGCUGGAAAACUGCUCGAUGGAGGAUGCUGUGCAGAUCCUGCAGCAGUGUGACGAGCUGGUCAAACUGAAGAUUCGAAAAGACGAGGACAACUCAGAUGAGCAAGAAAGGACUGGUGCAAUAAUAUACAGUGUGGAGCUGAAGAGGUACGGAGGGCCACUGGGAAUCACCAUCUCUGGAACCGAGGAGCCUUUUGAUCCCAUUGUGAUCAGCGGGCUCACCAAGAAAGGUUUGGCAGAAAGGACCGGUGCCAUUCACGUAGGGGACAGGAUACUGGCCAUUAAUAGUGUGAGCCUCAAGGGCAAACCUCUGAGCGAGGCCAUCCACCUGCUGCAGAUGGCUGGGGAGACAGUAACCCUGAAAAUCAAGAAGCAGGCAGACCGUUAUUUCGCAAAGAAAACCAGUUCCAUGAGUGAGCUGAGUGACCCCGAGGAUGAUCUCCCGGAUUCUCAGAAGACGGGCAAACUCUCGAAAAUCUACUCCAACACCAUUCCAAGCAUGGACAGUGCCAUGGAGUCCUGGGAUUGCUCGGGAAUGGAAGGGGCAUUUGAAAGCCAAAGUUCCUACAGUCACCAGGCUGAAGGGGCUGUGCUACAACCUCAUGAGGAGCAGGGUACAGGCAAGAGGAGCAGUCUGUCAAUGCAAGGCAGUCGUCGGAAGAGCUACCCCUGCACAGAUAAUGCCUUCAGCAAGGAUGAGUGGGAGAAGGCAGCCGGAUACCUUAGCAAUCACAACGGACUCGAGCAAGAACAGGAAGACAAAUUUUGGUCUCAGGCCUUGGAAGAUUUAGAAACUUGUGGACAAUCGGAGCUGUUGAGAGAAAUUGAGGCUUCCAUAAUGUCUGGAACUGAGCUGACUUUGGGAAUUGACGGGCAGCUGUCACAACUGGCAGACUACUCAGGCCUGGGGAAGCUGCAGGACCAGGCGUCUGCAGAGGGCCAGACAGAAUGCCCUGCAGCAUCCGCACUGGCAAAGGACAAAGUGUUGGAAUGGAAGAAGAUCAAGGAGGAGAUUAAAGAAAUAACAUUACCCAGUCCUGUGGAGCUGCACAAGAUUACAAUCCAUAAACAGCCCGAGAAUGAAGAGUUUGGUUUCAGUAUUUCCGACGGCCUUCUAGAGAAAGGGGUUUAUGUCAACUUGAUACGGCCAAAUGGUCCCGCUGAUGGCAGUGGGCUCCAACCCUACGACCGGAUACUACAGGUGAACCAGAUCCAGACCGGAGACUUCGACAGUUGUGUGAUGGCGCCGCUCAUCUCAGAGUCUGGUGGCCGCCUGGAUCUGGUGGUCAGCCGCAGCCCUCUGGCCAUGACGGCACGCAGCAGGUCUGAGGACUGCGAGGGUGCGCGGAACGCCAGCCGCCUGCAACAGCGCAAGGAGAACAGGAAGAACACGCGGACACUGUGAGCAGGAGGGGCAAGAGCACCCCACCCCGCCCCCUCCCCUGCUGUGAGACAAUUUCUGAUGGUGCUACCAACCUUUCCGACCUUUCACUCCCCGAUCCCGGUCACAGGUGAACUGCUCCGAAUGGGAAGAGUGGGGCCUCUCGAACACUGAGCACUACCCGCUCUCAGGGUGUCCAGCCAUCCUGGGCUUAACAUCUCCAGAGGACCGGUUUGUAAGGCACUUGCACAAAUGCUUAGUAGCUAGCAGAAUAUUGGAGGUGGGGAAAAACCCUGUUUGACUAGAUGCAGCAUUGGGGCAAGAGGUCUUAAGAUAGAUCCUCCAAGACCUACGUUCACCCAGAGUCGGUGUGGCUCCCUCCUUCCCUGCAAAGGGUGGCAAUAAUAGAAAGGUUUUCCUUCAGUAUUAAUUUAUUUGAAAGUAUCUAUUUUUCCCCCUUAGCCUUUGAAUGUUUGUUUUUUAUAGAAAACACUGACUAAGUAUUUAAGUACAUCAGUUGUAGACUGAGGGUUAGUGUGGGGCUGGAUCACCAAACUAGGGCCCCUCAUCAGUUCUCAGGGAGGGUGGUAACGACGCAUUGAUUUUACUCGAACUGAUUGUUAAUACUCUUACCUUGGGGGUGCUGACCCAUUCGCACCCAAGAGGCUAGCAAUGUCUGGAGAGGGGGUCAAAGCCAUAUCCGACCCAGCGUCCUGUUCGCAGGAGUCGAUGGGGACUCUCGCCCUUCCCUGAUUCUGGGUUUGCCGGGCGGGGAAUGGCCAGUCAGGACGGAGGGAGGAGAAAGCUGCAGGCGACAGUCUGAAUGGGAACUCCCUUCAGACUGAACGAAGCACAAUUAAUGCACUCAGAGAGGCCAGACUUCAUACUGUGAGGCUGAUGUGAUGAGUUUGUUUGUGUCUGUCCUUACAUGUUAAAUUAUGCAUCGUUUGUGUCAAUGUUUGUUUAUAAACAAGGAAAUUGCACUUCUAUAGCUAGCUGAAAGCCAUUAAUUACUAGAAUCAUCCUGACACCAUCCUUUAGUGGUGAAAGCAUGGCACUAGGUGUUACUCUGAUAGUCAGUGGUUGCCACCUUUAUUCACUGUGGCCAUACUGCCUUUCUCUCUCACUCUCCCAAAGCUGCCGAGCCUAGCCGGAGACCCAGAUUCCACAUUACGGGCCCAGUGACUGUUAAAGCUUUGCAUUCGCACAUGCUUCAUGGGGAAAGCGGGGUGGAUGGGGCAGGUGUGAUAAAGAGAGUGUCCAUGAGAUGAUGAUUGGAAGGGUCAUACCUUGGCUAAGUCCCCUCUCUCUGGCUCCAAAACAGCUUCAACCCUUGUCCCACAAGCUAUUACUGAACUAAAUUAUCAGCAUUUAGCAAGUCUGUUAUGAAUGGGUUGCUAAGGCUGUGACGCAGAACAACGUUGGUUGCCCAUGUCACUGAGCCGACCAUUCACUUGCUUAAUUAUCUCCUCCACUUCUCUAGAACGCUCUCUGGUCGGACUUGGGAGCGUAGGAAUCUAUUCGUGCAGUGUUGAGUCUCUGGUAUUCUCUACUCCGGGGAUUCUGGA